AUGUCUACUGGCCCUUCAUCAGCCAUCACCCCACCCCAUGUUCAUGUUGAGGAAGCUGGUGGGUUACCUGUUCAACAAGAAGGUCGACCGAAACGCAUAUCAAAGGCACCUCCUUGUGGGACAGGAGGGCACAAACAUGGACACAACGCUGGGCCCGAGGCAUCUGACGAAGGACAUGCAAGACCUCCUCCUUAUUAUACGAGACGGCAUAAGGUUAUUCGAAAUGAGGCCUUACUGUUGCUUACUUAUUUGACCCGUGAAGCUGAGGAGAUUCAAAAAAUUGUGGUCUUUGAAGGUGCAUUUGAGAAGAUUUUCAGCAUCAUUAAAGAGGAAGGAGGUUCAGAAGGUGGUGUUGUUGUGCAAGACUGUCUUCAAUUGUUGAACAACCUUCUCCGAACUAAUGCAUCUAAUCAGAUACUACUGAGAGAGACUAUGGGAUUUGACCCCGUAAUAUCAAUUCUGAAGCUACGGGGAAGUACUUACAGUUUCACCCAACAAAAGACAAUUAAUCUACUCAGUGCAAUAGAAACCAUUAAUUUGUUAAUGAUGGGAGGUACAGAGGCUGAUCCUGGAAAAGAUGCAAAUAAGCUAACAAAUAAAGCAACACUGGUUCAGAAAAAAGUAUUGGAUCAUCUUCUUUUGUUGGGUGUUGAAAGCCAGUGGGCACUAGUAGCUGUCCGUUGCGCGGUAAGAUGA